GGCCAGCGCAUGCGCGGCGGGGCCGGGCUCAGCUGGGCCGGAGGCUGCGAGCUGCCUGCCGCGCGGCCCCGGGAGGCGGUGGGCCCUGGCCACCGCGGAGGCCCCCGGAGCCGGCCGGAGCCGGCGCUGAGGAGGGGCCAUGAGCUGGUUCAACGCCUCACAGUUGUCCAGCUUCGCCAAGCAGGCCCUGUCUCAGGCCCAGAAGUCCAUCGACAGGGUCCUAGACAUCCAGGAGGAGGAGCCGAGCGCCUGGGCCGAGGCCAUCCCGUACGGCGAGCCGGGAAUAAGUCCCCCUGUGAGUGGAGGAUGGGAUACUUCAACCUGGGGAUUGAACUCAAGCACUGAACCUCAGAGUCCACCAACAGCCGCUCCUAAAGCAAUUACAAAGCCAGUUCGAAGGACUGUAGUAGAUGAGUCUGAAAAUUUCUUCAGUGCCUUUCUCCCCCCAUCGGAUGUCCAGACCAUUCCGAAGAGUCCAGUGGUAUCCAAACCUCCCGCUAAAUCACAGCGUCCAGAAGAAGAAGUGAAGAGCAGUUUACAUGAAUCAUCAUCCCCUGGCCAGUCCAGAACUUCUGAAACCGCUGAGUCAGAAGUGAGAGACUCUGUGUGUGUCUCGGGAGAAACUCCGGCUGUGGGCACUCCAUCCCCUGUGCCUGAAGGCAAGCAUGCAGAAACUGCUAGUCAGGAGUCUGAGGUGGAGGUGCCCACUGUGCGAUUGAAGGCGUCUGAAAAUGUGGUGAAUGUAAACACAACAACAGAAGACGUAUCGACCACAUCCGCCCAGUCUCUCCCCGCAGACACUAAGGAUACGGCUUUGGAACCUAAGGAACAAAAACACGAAGACAGACAGAGCAAUACCCCUUCUCCUCCUGUUAGCUCCUUCUCGUCGGGCACUUCGACCACUAGUGACAUUGAAGUUUUAGAUCACGAGAGUGUAAUAAGUGAGAGCUCGGCCAGCUCAAGGCAGGAGACUUCAGAUGCGAAAUCAAGUCUGCACCUCAUGCAGACAUCCUUUCAGCUGCUCUCUGCAUCCGCUUGUCCUGAGUAUGGCCGCUUAGAUGAGUUCCAAAAGCUCAACGAGAGUUGCUGCUCGUCGGAUGCUUUUGAAAGAAUAGACUCGUUUAGUGUGCAGUCUCUAGAUAGCCGGAGUGUGAGCGAAAUCAACUCAGAUGAUGAGCUGCCAGGCAAGGGCUAUGCUUUAGUGCCUAUUGUAGUGAAUCCUUCGACCCCAAAGUCUGCAGUAGUAGAAUCCCCUGGAGAAAAAGCUGAAGAAGAGGAGGGAAACGAAACGUUGAUUGCACCUUCUGAAGAAGCAGAGUUAGAGGAAAGUGGCCGAAGUGCUACUCCUGUUAACUGUGAACAGCCAGAUUCGUUGGCUUCCCCUACGCCAGUAAACGAAGGGCAGCUUGUCUCCGGCCCGGCCGCCGAGCAGUGUGAAGCUGCUGACAGUCAGCCGGAAGCACUGCCCGAGAAAGAAGACAUUUGCAAGACAGUUGAAUUUCUGAAUGAGAAACUAGAGAAGAGGGAGGCUCAGUUAUUAUCUCUUAGUAAGGAAAAAGCACUUCUAGAAGAAGCUUAUGAUAACUUGAAGGAUGAAAUGUUUAGAGUAAAAGAAGAAAGUAGUAGCAUUUCUUCCCUGAAAGAUGAAUUUACCCAAAGAAUUGCAGAAGCAGAAAAGAAAGUUCAACUAGCCUGCAAAGAGAGAGAUGCUGCUAAGAAGGAAGUGAAAACCAUAAAAGAAGAACUUGCCACUAGAUUAAACAGUAGUCAGACUGCAGACCUCUUGAAGGAGAAAGAUGAACAGAUUCAAGGGUUAAUGGAAGAAGGAGAAAAACUUUCAAAACAGCAGCUACAUAAUUCUAACAUCAUUAAGAAAUUAAGAACUAAAGACAAAGACAGUGAAAAUGUUAUUGCGAAGCUGAACAGGAAAACUAAGGAGCUGGAAGAGGAGUUACAACAUUUAAGACAGGUCCUUGAUGGCAAAGAAGAAGUUGAGAAACAACAUAGAGAAAAUAUUAAAAAAUUAAAUUCUGUGGUAGAACGCCAGGAGAAAGAUCUUGGCCGACUUCAAGUAGACAUGGAUGAACUUGAAGAAAAGAACCGAAGUACUCAGGCUGCCCUAGAUAGUGCGUACAGAGAACUUACUGAUCUUCACAAAGCCAAUGCUGCUAAGGACAGUGAGGUGCAGGAAGCUGCUUUGAGGCGUGAGAUGAAGGCUAAGGAAAAACUUUCUGCAGCACUGGAGAAGGCCCAGGAAGAAGCCCGUCAGCAGCAAGAGGCCUUAGCGCUUCAGGUGGGGGACCUUAGGCUCACAUUGCAACGGGCAGAGCAGGCAGCUGCCAGGAGAGAGGAUUAUUUACGCCACGAGAUCAGUGAACUUCAGCAGAGACUCCAAGAAGCAGAGAAUCGAAAUCAAGAACUGAGUCAAAGCGUUUCAACAACAACAAGACCAUUGCUUCGACAGAUAGAAAAUUUGCAAGCAACUCUAGGGUCUCAGACUUCCUCGUGGGAAACGCUAGAGAAGAAUCUUUCUGAUAGGCUUGGUGAAUCUCAGACUUUGCUGGCUGCAGCAGUUGAAAGAGAACGAGCAGCUACAGAAGAACUCCUUGCCAACAAAAUCCAGAUGUCUUCAGUGGAGUCACAGAAUGCUCUCUUACGGCAGGAAAACAGUAGACUUCAGGCCCAGCUAGAGUCAGAGAAGAAUAAACUACGAAAACUGGAAGACGAAAAUAGUCGGUACCAGGUUGAGUUAGAAAACUUAAAAGAUGAAUAUGUAAGAACACUUGAAGAGACAAGGAAAGAAAAGACACUGUUGUGCAGUCAGUUAGAAAUGGAAAAAAUGAAAGUCGAACAAGAAAGGAAGAAAGCCAUUUUCACUCAAGAAGCAGCUAAAGACAAGGACCACAAACUCUUUUCUGUUUCUAGUACUCCCACCAUGUCACGCUCGAGCUCUAUAAGUGGAGUAGAUAUGGCAGGGCUCCAGACAUCUUUCCUGUCUCAGGAUGAGUCUCAUGACCAUUCAUUUGGACCAAUGUCUGCAUCAGCCAGUGGAAGCAAUCUUUAUGAAGCUGUAAGGCUGGGAGCAGGAUCGAGCAUUAUUGAAAAUCUGCAGUCUCAACUAAAGCUGAGGGAAGGGGAAAUUAGUCAUUUACAGCUAGAAAUUAGCAAUCUAGAAAAAACUCGAUCCAUAAUGUCUGAAGAGCUAGUUAAAUUAACAAAUCAAAAUGAUGAACUGGAGGAGAAAGUGAAAGAGAUCCCCAAGCUUCGAGUUCAGCUACGAGAUUUGGAUCAGAGAUAUAACACUAUUCUGCAGAUGUAUGGAGAAAAGGCAGAAGAAGCAGAGGAACUUCGCCUGGAUCUUGAAGAUGUAAAAAAUAUGUAUAAAACUCAAAUAGAUGAACUUCUAAGACAAAGGCUCAGUUAACUUGUGAAAUUCGUAUUCCCAUCAAACUGAAUGUAAACACUUAAUAUAUAAAUGCAGACUUCCAAUAAAUUCUUUUAUAGAGUUAGAAAAUGGGAUUUGCUGUAAAGUGUAAAAAAACUUUUUUAAAAAUUCUUUUAUAGUAUGUAGUUAUAUUUGCAGUUAAAUUAUUUUGUGUAAUAUUUGAAUUUUAUUUUUGAAACUAUUCUUUAAAAAAUUUUAAAGCAUUUUUUUUGUGCCUUGAACAGCACAGGGAAUUAUUACUUUACCCACAUAGCAGUACAGUUAGGAAAGGAGAUUGCUGUUUUCAUAUUGUGGAUAUAUAAUUAAUUGUAUUGUAUCUAUAAUUUAUAUGUGUUUGUACAUAUUGAGAGACUUACAGAGUAAUGUUAACAUUGAAACUUUGAAAUCUUUCACACUGAAAACAUAUUUCUUGAAAGUAUUUUAAGCAUUCAAGUGAAAAGGUAAUUAAGCCUGUGACUAAAUUAUAAACUAAGACUGUCCUUUAAAAGCAGAGGUCACACUGACAUGUCUAAAAUAUAAAGAGAAAUGUAAGCUUAAAAAAUAUGUCUGUUUUGAAAAUUUAUUCCAUGUGGCUUCCACAAUGAAGUGUGAACAAAUGUAGACCCUUUUUAUUACCUUUUUAUUACUUAUCCAAAGAAAGCUUAUAAAUAUUCAAUAUUAGCUACACAUAAUUGGAUAGUGGGAAAUUUUGCUUGCAAUAAAUUUUGACAUAGCAUCAGUAGCAGGUAAUUUUGAAGUAUUUUACUACACUGUGAAACAAAUCUAACAUAAUAAAAUCACUGACAAAAUUUACUCUUAAAAA